CGGCACGGCUGGAAACUUGGAAUGCGUACCUGAGGUCAAGGCUUUCAUCUUGGACAUGCUGUCCCUCCGCAGAGAUGCAUUGUUAUGCAGAAGAGUUGUUUUUCUGAGGGAUGCUCGAAUCAACACCCGAAGAUGUCUCGCAGAUGCCGCUGGUUCCUCCGCGACAUCGAGUUCUAGUAGUGCCACCCCACCCGUAUCUCGUCCGGAGGAGGAGAAGAAGGCCGCAGAAGCAUGGUUGUUUGCAGAUUCAGUGUUUCCUGUCCGCUUGGCCACUUGGGAUCUUCGGCACUACAUUGGGAUCUUUCGUGAGGAGACCAUCCUCGCCAAGCUCAAACAUAUCCUCCAAGGUGUCAAUGCUCACGGCUUCGAGCUCGUCUCUCUGGAACCACAUUUCAAGGACGGAGGAGUGUUCAUUCAUUUUCGAUACAACGCGUCGGAGGGAUCAUCUACCUUGGAGGAUAUCGAGAAGCAUGUCAGGGAUCAGGCUGCCAAGCAGGGCGGUGUGCCUUCAUGGAGUGGUGUAAGCCGAGGCAGUAUCUGGCUCGUCAAAGGUCAUCCUUGGAGAGAGGAUAUGCACAGAUUUGCCUCCCCUAUGCUCACGGUGGCUUUUGAGGGGCCUGACGUGCCGGAAGAGUCUUUGUACAGACUCUUGAGACCAUUUGGUCGCAUGCAAGAUCUACGCAACCCUUCUCCUGUUCCAGCCGGGUCUCUUCGCUUCAGUACCAUUUUUUACAACCAAGUUCGCUCGGCUACCAUCGCUAAGAAUGUCAUCCACGGUCUUGCUAUCCCAUCGACUCCGUCAGGGGGCAGAACGAUCCUUCGCCUCGGUUACCGGGAGCCGCUCCAAGCCCACGUUAUACGGGACUGGAUCUUCAGUCAUCCCAGAAUAGUCCUCCCAAUCGUUGUGUUCUUCCUUGGGACGCUCACCUACACUGUAUUCGACCCAAUACGAGCAUUUAUGAUUCAGGGCAAAGUGCAGGACUGGUUCGACUACAAACAGUCGCGGAUAUACAGGUGGGUGCGCGCCAACACCGUGGAACGGUUCGCGCUGUCGUCAGUACCCGACGGCGGGCGUUCACAAACCACCGGGAAUGUAUGGAAGGAGAGAGAGGAUGCGGAGGAUGCGGUCUCGCGUUACUUGUCUGAAAUGCCAUCUUCGGUCGCCUUCGUACAUGGUCCUCAAGGUAGUGGAAAGUCGACUAUGCUCACCAAGAUCCUGAACGAGACCGGGCGCAAAGCCUUGAUCAUCGACUGUUCUCAAUUGUUCAAGGCAAAUUCUGAUAUUAACCUCGUUGCGUCCUUGGCAGACCAGACCGGCUAUUGGCCUGUCUUCCGCUUCAUGGACUCGCUCAACAGCUUAAUCGAUAUGGCCAGCGUAGGCCUUAUUGGACAAAAAGCUGGAUUCAGUACGAGUCUGACCGAUCAGGUGAAGCAAGUUCUGGAGGUGACAGGCACGGCCCUGCGCAAAGUGAGUGCCUCGUAUCGCCAGAACAUCCAGCGGCAAGUGAAGAAUGCGCAAUUGCAAGAGCAGCGGAGGCUGGAGGAGGCGAGGAAGCGAGAGCGGAUCGAGAAUGGUGAAUGGCAUGACCCGAGACUUGACUGUAUUGCAGGCAAUGGUGUAAUGUCCGAGCUCGGUAUCGGCGACGAGACUAUGGACCCGGACUACGACAUGGCCGCUACCGUAGGCCAAGCCGAUAGCGAGGAAGAGAGGAAGCAGAAGGAUGAGAGCAGGAAGGAAGCGGAGAGGCAGCAGAAGAGUAUCGAGGAUGUGCAGGCUGUGGAAUCAUUACCGAUCGUUAUCCUGAAGAACUUCGAGUCCAAAGGCGGGGGUAAGGAAGAGGUUGUGAAUGUCUUGGCUCAGUGGGCGGCGACAUUGGCUGAGAGCCAGGUCGCGCAUGUCAUUGUUGUCAGCGACAAUCGUGAAAAUGCCAAGUCGUUGACGAAAGCGCUGCCGACGAAGCCUCUCACGUCCGUCGCCUUGGAAGAUGCAGACACGGCAAGCGCGCUGUCCUUCGUACAGCAAAAGCUUCGCGACGCCGGGCUAGAUUACACAUUCACCAAACAACAGACGGCGUAUGUAGAGCGGCUGGGUGGACGUGCGAGCGAUCUGGAAACUCUUAUCCACAAAGUCCGCAGUGGUCAGGAUGUUGAGGAGGCUGUCGAAGACAUUAUUGAUCGCGGAGUCGCCGAACUUCGGAAGAAUGCCUUCGGCGAGGACGCGGAUGAUGUUAAGAAUCUUCCGUGGACACGGGAGCAAGCAUGGUCUAUCUUGAAACGCCUGUCAAAAGAGACGGAGGUUGCCUAUCACGAGGUCCUCAUGGAUUCUCCCUUCAAAGACAACGAGGCUGCUCUGAGGAACAUGGAACAUGCUGAAUUGAUCUCCAUUACUACUCGCAACGGUCGGCCUUCGACGAUUAGGCCAGGAAAGCCGGUAUAUAAAUAUGUCUUCGAGCGUUUAGUCAACGAUCGCAUCUUCCAGGCCACUCAGGACAUCACUUUGAAUGAGAAGGCGCUGGCGGGCGCGGAGGCUACCAUUCGAGCGUGCGAAGAGGAACUGACGGUUCUGAAGCAGCUGGGAUCUGAUCCGAAUCACUGGUUAGAGUGGAGGAGCGCAUCGUCGGCCAGGGCUGCCUAUCUGUUCAAGAAGAUGAAAGCCGCUGAGACGAAGAUCGAGGCUCUGGAGAAGCAGAACGCCGAGUUGAAGAAAGUCCUUGCCAAGGGGAGGUAGUGGUGGCAUUCGAAAUAGGGGCAGACUGUGUAGCCGCUGUAAAUACGACGAGAUGACACCUAGACAGCCUUAAACUAUGUCAGAAUACAUGAUACUCAGGGAAGAUAGAACAUGUGUUAGAGUAACUAUAGACUGCCGACGAGCCGAAU